AUAUAGCGAACACGUUCCUCCUCCUCUCGCCGCACGGUGGUAGGCUGCACCACCACUAACAUCCCGCCGCCCCCAUUCGUUGGAAUCUCUGAAUCAAACAAACCCUUCAUUUUUUUCCCGUGUUUUAUUCGCAUGGAUGUACUUUCUUCGAUUCUCAGCUAAUUUAAUUUUCUUCCUUUUGAAAUCACAGAAUGACCUUUUGUAUAAUAGCUUCAAAAUCCUUAAUCCCCACGAAAAACCUCAGCUCCUCUCUCUACUACUAUUUCUGUUCCGUCAACAUUGAUUUGUUCAUCAUCUUCUCUCGCGCCCACCAUUUUCAUUGCUCAUCGGAGUUGAACACCACCCAUACUUUCAAUCCCGAAGGUAACAACAUUAGCACCAAUCGAAUCGUAACAACAAGGGAUUACAACAUUAAAUCAUUACCCGGGCUUCGUCAGAAUCUUGUCUCCAAUACAGCUAAAGAGAAACCCGGGUUUUUUAGAGAUACUCAUUGGGCUGCACCAGAUUAUUUCAAUUCUUUGGUAAGGGAUCCUGAUUUGUUUUUGAGUUUCAUUAAUUCGCAUAGGAAUCGCCCCGGGAUGGUUUUAAAGAUAUUCCGGUGGGCCGAGGGUAGAAAGGGGUUUAAGCAUUCGGAGUUUGUGUUCUGUAGUGUUCUUGAUGUUUUGGUGCGGAAUGGUUUUAUGAGAUCUGCUUAUUGGGUGGUGGAGAGGGUAAUUGAUGUGAACAUGUAUGAUUUCGCCAAUAUUUUGAUCGACGGGUAUUUAGAUAACGAUGUGUCGUGUAAGGUGCUCGAUUUACUGUUGUGGUUGUGCACGAAGAGAUCGGAUGUUGAUAAAUGUUUGUGGCUAUUCGAUAAGAUGAUGGGAACGGUUCUGUUCUUAGGACGCUCGGUGAUAGAGAUUUAUAUUCACUACAAUACAAUGUUGGAUUGUUUUUGUAGAGAAGGGAAUAUGCAGCACGCCUUCAAUCUCUUGCUGGAGAUGCAGACGAAGGGUCACUCUCCAAACGACGUUACUUACAACGUGUUGAUUAACGGGUUUUCGAAGAAAGGUCAGUUUGAGGAUGCGAAAAAGUUAAUGGCCGACAUGUUGAGUAAGGGAAUGAAGGUUUCGGCUUAUACGUACAACUCUUUGAUAAGUGGGUAUUGUCGAACGGGAAUGUUAGUUGAGGCACUGGGGCUAAGGGAAGAGAUGAAAAUGGAAGGAGCUAUGCCGACUGUAUCUACUUAUAAUGCUUUGAUGCAUGGCUACUGCAAGAAUGGAAGUGUAAGUUAUGCUCGACAGUGGGUUGCAGUAAUGCAGAAGAAGAAUUUGGCGAUGGAUAUAUUAUCAUACAAUAUUCUGAUAUACGGCUACUGUGUGCUGGGGGAUAUAAACGAGGCGUUGGUCUUGUUAUCCGAGCUAAGGAGAAUGAAUCUUGAUCCUACUUUAGUUACGUACAAUACGAUAAUGGAUGGGCUUUCUAGACGGGGUGAUUUAGAAGGCGCUAAACGCAUAAAAGACGAAAUGAUCGGCCGUGGAAUCUCUCCUGAUAUCGUCACCUACACGAUUCUCAUAAACGGUUCUUACAGGACGGGGAAUAUGUGGAUGGCGAAAAAGUUUUACUACGAGAUGCUGCACAGAGGAUUGAAGCCCGAUCGUAUUGUGUACACUACUCACAUAGCAGGCGAACUGAAGCACGGCUAUUUGGACGCAGCAUUUGAACUGCAAGAAGAGAUGCAACUAAAGGAUUUCUCACUCGAUGUGAUAACGUAUAACGUGUUUGUGGAUGGGGUCUCUAAGUUGGGUAAUUUAGAAGAUGCUUGUGAUUUAUUACAGAAGAUGGUUCGGAAUGGAGUUGUGCCCGAUCACAUUACCUAUACGAGUAUAAUCCAUGCCCAUUUGGAAAUCGGGUACCUUAGGAAAGGCAGAGAGUUGUUUGAGGAGAUGGUGAGGAAAGGAUUGUCGCCUACGGUUGUGACUUACACCGUGUUGAUUCACUCUCAUGCUGGAAAAGAAAAGUUAGAUUUAGCAAAAAAUUAUUUCUCGUAAAUGUUGGAGAAUGGUAUUUUGCCUAAUGUGAUCACGUAUAACGCUCUCCUAAAUGGGCUCUGUAAAUCUAGAAAAAUGGACGAGGCUUACAGAACUUUUUCCGAGAUGCAAUCGAAAGGGAUAUUUCCGAAUAAGUACACCUACACUAUACUGAUAUACGAGAACUGUGACAUUGGGAAUUGGAAUGAGGUUCCGAGCUUGUACAUUGAGAUGCUGGACAGAGGAAUCGAGCCCGAUUCUUGCACGCACAGUGCGCUGUUCAAGCAUUUGAGAAAAGACUAUAAAUUAAUUGCCAUACGAGAACUCGAACGCCUAAUUCGAAAUGAAAGGGGAAACAGCUGAAGCAAUUACUUGAAUUAGAGUUUCAGAUUGGUCAAUGUUGAGAUUUUCUGCUCAUCCGAGAUUUG